AUGUGGUUGAUCCAUACGCGAAGCCUCGAGCUCAAAUACUUCGUCGGAGACAACAUUCCACCUUAUGCAAUAUUGUACCAUACUUGGGGAGAUGAGGAGGUGACUUUCCAAGACUGGCAAGAUCUCGAAAAGGCGUCUCAGAAGAAAGGAUUCGCCAAAAUUCAAUCUGCUUGUGCUCAAGCGCUGGGAGAUAGGCUCUCCUACAUUUGGGUGGACACCAAUUGUAUCGACAAAUCCAGCAGUGCUGAGCUCUCUGAAGCAAUAAACUCCAUGUUCGCAUGGUACAGUGAUUCUCAGAUCUGUUACGUGUAUCUAGCUGAUGUCGAGGACCUGCAAAAAUUCUUAAGUUCAUUCUGUGGAAGUCGGUGGUUCACACGCGGUUGGACACUUCAAGAAUUACUUGCACCAAGGGCCAUACGUUUCUUGGCCCAAAAUUGGAAGCCAAUAGAAUGGCAGGGCUAUGCAUGCGACACAGUCAUGAAUCCUUGGGAACGCUCGCACAAAAGCCGUCAAAGGCUUAUACUACGAUUGUUGGCACAUAGAACUGGCAUUGAACUUAAAGCUAUCCUAUACUCUGAAAGUGUUAUGUCAUCUUCAAUUGUAGAGAGGAUGUCGUGGAUGAAGGGCCGCGAAACAACACGCGAAGAGGAUCUUUCCUACUGUUUGCUUGGUAUUUUCGAUAUAAAUAUGCCCUUGCUAUACGGAGAAGGCAGCAAAGCUUUCAUGAGGUUGCAGGAAGAGAUCAUCAAACAAUCGACGGAUCAAUCAUUGUUUGCUUGG